CUGAGGACAAGAGUGCAGUUGGGUGGACAGUCGCCAUAAGGUGCGCUGGAUGGCGCGCGAUCCCUUCCAGUAGAAGAUUCUUCUAGCGACGAAACUGGGGAUUCAAUGGAGGGCUGCAUUUUCCUGGCGUCGCCGAUACGGGCUCUGUUUGGCCAAUGCUGCGCUUGUUCCCGCCGCAUGGCGCGAGAGGGCCAUACACGUCCCGCCGUGAGGAUAGCUGCUCCGGACGGUCGUCAUCUACAAAGGCAGUGCAGACGUGCGCUCACCGCGCAGCGCGCAGUUAAAGCCGCGCGGAUCGAAUCGCUGCGCUGUCGCGAGGGCCGAGUGGCGGAGGCAACGGUAGCGGGGAGGGGGGCGGGCGCGGGAAAAAGAGUGGAGGAGAAGCGCCUAUUCACAACUGGGCAUUUGGCCACGUAUCUGGCUCGAAAUACGACCCGAUCGUGUCCACGAACUCCGCGUGUCAGGGUCGUGAGCUCGGCCAUAGCUAUAGCUAAGGCGGGAAGGGCGGAGGUGGGGGCGGCGGGAGCGGGAAAAAGAGUGGAGGAGAAGCGCCUACUCACAACUGGGCUUUCGGCCACGUAUCUGGCUCGAAAUACGACCAGAUUGUGUCCACGAACUCCCCCUGUCAGGGACGUGAGCUCGGCCAUAGCUAAGGCGGGAAGAACGGAAAUGACUAUCCAAGAAUCAGCAGCAGCAGCGCUGGCGGCGGUGGAGUCGACGAAGAAGAGAUGGUGGAGUGAGAAGACCGUGGCUGUAGUGACGGGCUCUAACAAGGGAAUAGGCUAUGAUAUCGUACGGAAGCUGGCUAUGGAGGGCUUGACGGUCGUCCUGACCUCCAGGGAUGAAGAAAGAGGAAAGCAAGCUGUGGAACGGCUCGCGUCGGAGGGAUUGCAGACUGAUUUUCAUCAAUUGGACGUUUCCAGUGAGGAAUCGAUCCAUGUAUUCGCAGAUUGGCUGAGGGAGAAGUACGGAAAAUUAGAUAUUCUGGUUAACAAUGCGGGGAUUUUAUUCAACAUAGGCCAUCCACGGAUCGACGAGGCGCAUGCUGUCAUGAACACCAAUUAUGUUGGCGUGAAGAAGAUGUGUGAGCAGAUGAUGCCCCUGCUGCGCGCCAGCGAUGCCGCCGAGCCUAAGAUUGUGAAUGUAGGUUCGGAGGCCGGGUCGACGAAGAAGUGUCCCCCGCACAUUCAGCGAAAGUUCCGCGAAGAUGCAAUCACGGUCCAGCGAGUGGAUGAGCUGGUGGAGGAGUUCUUGAGACACGUGGAGCAAGGACGAUGGAAGGAUGACCCAUGGAUGGAUAGGACGUACGGAUCUUAUUCGUAUUCGAAGAUGGUACUCGGAGCUUACACCAGAGCGCUGGCGAAAGAGCUCUCGGAUGCGGGAAGUCCUAUUCGCGUUAACAUUUAUUGCCCCGGUUGGUGCCGAACAGCCAUGGGGUGGCAGGUCUCAGACGAUGUCCAACCGCCAAGAAGUGCAGAAGACGGCUCGGAGGCUGCUGUGUGGCUGGCUCUCACACCUCCUGAAGGGGCACAUGGACAGUACUUCGUCAACAAGAUAAGCUGGGAAUUUUAGUCAACUGAUCGUCCAAUCAAUCAAUCAAUCAAUCGAUCCGUCAAAAUCAAUCAAUCAAAGGGUUGGCAAUCUGGUCGUCCUUUCUGAUGCGAACACCAGGAUAGAGGGAAGCUGCUGAGAGAUGCUGUGAACCCCGGCGAGACGGAUUCCGUUAGCCUCCGUUAGCCAUUGUUAUGGUUCCCAAUGCAAAGCUAACGGCAAGUUGCCACAGAGUGUACAUUAACCUGAUCUCAUCCGCUGUUGAGAACACACGCGGGCACAUCGUUAUGGAAACACAUGACAGCCUCUAGCACAACACGGGCUCUGGCGAGCACACAGACAUGACGGCGGGUCCAGGUUCUGCGAACCUGUGAGAGAGCAGGUGGACAAGCUUUUAAAACACACGAGGUGUUGUCCAUUGUGGUGGGAGAAAGAGAGAGAAAGAAGGUCGGUCUAUCCCAUCUGAUGGAUUGAUCAAGGGUUUUGCUGCAUUGCUCGCCAACUGUGCACAAGGAGUAGCGAAGUCUGACCAGACGGGGGUCGUCAGCUUACCCCGCCAAGAUGGUAAUAGGCGAUUGUCCCGGGUGGUUAAUUGACUCACCGUGAGGGCACGGGUGCGCAGCCCGUAGAGUACGGGUAUGCUUGAUUGAUAAAAGAGGCGUUAUAGAAGUAGCGUGAUUGUUGCAUGAAAAAAAAAGGAGUAUCUGCGUGUAUAUGUCAAGAUUAGUGUGUUUGUGUUUGUGUGAUACUUAGGUUGUUUGUGUUUAUCACAUCUGUUAAUAUUGGAAUGUGUAGGAUUUAGGUAAUUUGUAUGGUAUUAAGGUAUUAGAUAUUUGGCAUACCUUGAUUCAUAGUUGGUGUCGAGGCUGGUGGUCCUUGAAUCUUGGUCCAUAUGUCGUAUAUGUGAGUGUUUGAGUCUUACAUGUGACUCACUCAAACGGGCGUUGAACGUGUGGGGCGUUGAAUACGUCCACGUUCAGGCACAUCU